UAUUACAUUUAUUGAGGACUUGUUUCUAACCCGCCCGGGAACAUGAAGAUUGAGUACCCAACCCCACAACGAUGUGAUUGCGUCGAGACUCUCCAUGGUGACCAGGUAGAUGACCCAUACCGGUGGAUGGAGGACCCAGAUGCAGCAGAAACUAAAGAAUAUGUAGACUUACAAAACAAGAUAACGAUGCCGUAUCUGGAGAAUUGUUGUGUCAAGAAGAAGUUCCACGAGAAACUGGUGGACCUGUUCGACUUUCCCAAACAAGGCUGCCCUUUUAAGAGAGGGGAAAAGUUCUACUACAACUACAACUCGGGCCUUCAGAACCAAUAUGUCCUCUACCAGCAAGAUAGCCCAGAAAGUCCAGGAGAGGUAUUUCUAGACCCGAAUACCUUGUCAGAAGAUGGAACAGUUUCAGUUGGAUGCAAGAGCUUCUCCGAGGACGGCAAGAUCAUGGCUUACACCAUCAGCGUGUCUGGCAGUGACUGGAAAACUGUUAAGUUUAUGAAGACCGAUACUAAAGAGCAGUUAAAAGAUGUUUUGGAGCAUGUUAAAUUCUCCUGUCUCUCUUGGACUCACGAUAACAAAGGACUCUUCUACAACAAGUACCCCAAAGCAGCAACUUCAGACUUGGGAACUGAAACUAACUCCAACAUUCAUCAGAAGCUGUACUACCACCGUCUAGGCACCUCUCAGUCAGAUGAUGUGUUAGUUUUGGAGCUACCUGACGAACCCCAGUGGAUGCCAGGAUGUGAAGUAUCAGACUGUGGUAAGGUGCUCCUACUGUCCAUCAGCAACGGUUGUGAACCGGUUAACAAGUACUGGGUCCACGACCUCCCCGACCAGGGUUUACCUCACCAGUUCAACUUCACUAAAAUAGCCGACAACUUCGAGGCUGAAUAUGAUUAUAUUGCAAAUAAUGGAAGAGUUUUCUAUCUCAAGACAAACCUUAAAGCUGAUCGUUACAAGCUCAUUUCUAUCGAUUUGGACAACCCCUCACAGGAGAACUGGAAAGACAUAAUCCCAGAGAAGGAGAGCGUGUUAGACUGGAUAGCAUGUGUGAGAAGUAACCUGUUAGUGGCCUGUUACACUGAGGACUGUGUCAACAAGCUCUACAUCCACCAGCUAGAAUCAGGAGCUCUAGUCCAGGCUGUGGACUUACCUCCGGGCUCCAUCGUGGGGUACAGUGGCAGAGUCCAGGAUUCCUUUAUAUAUUUCAAGUUCAUGUCCUUUAUCAAUCCUGGUGUUAUCUACAGUAUGGACUUAUCGAAGGGAGACGACAACUUAACAGCUCAGGUAUUCAAAGAGACUCCCAUAAAAGGGCUGGUCAGUUCAGACUAUGUUACAAAGCAGAUCUUCUUCACCAGCAAAGACGGGACCAAAGUUCCCAUGUUCGUUACACACCAGAAGGACCUCGUGCUAGAUGGUACUAAUCCUACCCUGAUGUACGGUUACGGAGGGUUCAACAUCUCUCUUAGCCCCUCUUACUCCAGCUCCAGGAUGAUCUUCAUCAAGUUCCUCGGUGGCGUGUUCUGCGAGGUUAACAUGCGGGGUGGAGGAGAGUACGGCAACGACUGGCACCAUGCCGGGAGUCUGGCCAACAAACAGAACGUGUUCGAUGACUUCAUCUCCGCCGGAGAGGAGCUCAUUAAACUAAAAUACACAUCUCCCUCAAAGUUGGCGAUUGAGGGCGGCAGUAACGGCGGCCUGCUAGUGGCAGCGUGCGCCAACCAGCGCCCUGACCUGUUCGGAGCCGUGAUUUGUCACGUGGGAGUCCUGGAUAUGUACCGCUUCCAGAAGUUCACCAUAGGGCACGCCUGGAUGACAGAGUUCGGGAAUCCCGAGAAGGAAGAUGAGUGGAAGUGGGUAAAAAGUUACAGUCCUCUCCACAACAUCCCAGACACCGGCACUUACCCCGCUACUCUGCUCCUGACGGGGGACCACGAUGACAGGGUCGUACCUCUUCACUCCCUCAAGUUCAUAGCUACCCUCCAGCACAAGCUGGGAGCUAGCAAUCCUAACCCGCUCCUCAUCAGAGUCGAUACAAAGUCGGGACACGGCGCUGGCAAACCAACUGCCAAGCGGUUAAUUGAGACUGCUGAUUGUUAUGCUUUCAUUGCCGCUCAAUUGGGUGCAGAAUGGCACCAAUAAGUGGGAUAUUUGAUCUUGAAAAUUUCUAAUUUCAACUUCUAAAGUCGGGUAGAUUAAAUUUAGUCCUUAUUAAACAAGGCGGGUCCUUCACGAUUCCUUUUCUAGCUUCUCUUAUGCCCUAAUAAUUUAAAUUUACUUUUUAAACUUUUGGGUU